UUCAUAUCUCUUUGGGGAAUGNUUGCUACUAGAAGGAUAUUGAGGCCUCCAAAGAAAGGAUCAGCCGCACAGAGGCCCCGUAGCCGUACCCUCACAUCCGUGCAUGAGGCAAUGCUUGAGGAUGUUGUAUUGCCUGCCGAGAUUGUUGGAAAGCGUGUUAGAUACAGAGUUGAUGGAACAAAGAUAAUGAAGGUCCUCUUGGAUCCUAAAGAACGGAAUAACACCGAAUACAAAUUGGAAAGCUUCGCUGCAGUUUACAGGAAGCUAUCUGGGAAAGACGUUGUUUUUGAGUACCCAAUUACUGAAGCUUAAGACAGACACUCAUGUGUUGCACACUUUCUCAAAUGUUUAUUCACCAUAGGGUUGCAAUCAGGUGGGAGCUUUUCAAUUUUGAUUUCAAGUGAUAGAUUUUUGAGACGUCGUUUUUUGAAUCUGUGAUCUUGAACUAUACUUUAUCACAUCGGAUUAAGUUUCUGGUUUUAGUAACGUUCCAUCAACUUUUUAUAUAACUAAAAUCUUAUAUUUGCCGUGCCUCCCUACCAUCAACUCAUAUAUUCAUAUUCACAAUAUUUGAGAACA